UGAGUUACACGUAAUCUAAGUUAGAAAGAAGAAAAACAAAAGAGAGAAAAUAGAAAAAAAAAUCGAACCGAUCCUUCUGUUCACUUUCCGCUUCGUCUUCAAUAGUUAUCUUUGCUCUCGUUUCUGUCUCUUGUUAACCCAAACGAAAAAAUUGAGUCUUUCAUCAACCAUCAUCGUCUAGAUCAAUCCUAACCUUUUCUCUCUACUUUGAUUGGCAACCCGCAAGUCACGAAUGAUGCACCCUUCCCCAUCUCUUUGUCUCCUAUCGAUGACACCUUUCUUCCGUGCAAGCAAUGUUGUGUUGGUCUCUCUCUCUUUCUCGUACAAGCAAGAGUUGGCUGGUGCUGCAAACCUGCUGUUCAUAAGACUUCAUGCACGUAAAGCCUGCAAAUGCGUUUCAUCAUCCAAAAUCUCCUUUCUUCCGUGCAGAAUAUGGAACUUUCCGAUGUUUUCAUCCUCAAAAUCUUCCCCUUCUUUCUGCAUUUCCAACUGAUUCCGAUUGAACUUCCUUUCGGAUGUCUAUGCCGAUGGACAGCCAGCACGAGAGGCCUUCGUUUGAGAUCGCCGACCAGGGAAUCGCCGAUUCCGGCAUCCCAAGUUUCUCUGUGAGAGUCCGGCGAGGCCUGCCGGACUUCCUCAGCUCCAUCAAUCUCAAAUACGUCAAGCUCGGCUACUGCUACCUCGUAAGCCAUGGCAUCUAUUUCGUUGGCCCGCCGCUUCUCCUCGUCAUUCUCAGCGCUGAAAUUGGGAAGCUCACUCUGGAUGAUUUCUCCUUCGAGCGCGACCUCACGAAUUCUCUGUUUCUCCUCGCGUUGAUGGCCUUUCUUCUAUACGUUUGUCUCGAUUCUAUGCCCCGCGGUACUUAUUUGCUUGAUUUCGCCUGCUUUCGGCCUCCAAGCGAGCUCAAGAUAUCGAAGGAAGAAUUCAUAGACCUGGCGAGAAAAUCCGGGAAGUUCAACGACGAAUCAAUCGAGUUUCAGCGGCGGGCGCUCCAAGAUUCCGGCAUAGGAGACGAGACCUACUUGCCGAGAGCAGUGUUCCGUCCCGGUUAUGAAGCGAACCUCAGAGACGGCCGAGAAGAAGCGGCGAUGGUGAUGUUCGGCGCGGUGGACGAUCUCCUCGCCGCCACUGGAAUCCGGCCGAAGGACAUCGGCAUCCUGAUCGUGAACUGCGGGAUUCUGAACACCACGCCCUCCUUGUCGGCCAUGCUGAUAAACCACUACAAGCUGAGGCACGAUAUAAACAGCUUCAACCUCGGCGGCAUGGGAUGCGCCGCCGGGAUCAUCGCCAUUGAUUUGGCGAGGGAUCUUCUAAGCGCGUGGCCGGGGACUUACGCGUUGGUGGUGAGCACGGAAGUGGUAAGCUUUGCUUGGUAUGGAGGCGAUGAACUUGACAUGCUUCUUCCCAAUUGCUUCUUUCGGAUGGGGGCUGCCGCCGUCUUGCUCUCCAAUCGCCGCCUCGACUGGUGGCGCGCCAAGUACCAGCUCAAACAGCUGGUUCGGACUCACAAAGGCAUGGACGAUAGAAGCUUCAAAAGCAUACAUCAAAAGGAAGACGGCGAGGGGAAGAAAGGGCUGUGGGUGAGCAAAGACAUAGUAGAGCUGGGUGGCGAAGCUCUCAAAGCCAACAUAACCACACUUGGCCCCUUGGUCCUGCCACUAUCCGAGCAGCUCAAGUUCUUCACCUCUCUGCUCUUCAGCCACACCUCCAAGCCCUACAUUCCCAACUACAAGCUCGCCUUCCAGCACGUCUGCAUUCUGGCCACCAGCAAGAGAGUCCUAGACCAGAUUCAGACCAAUUUGGAGCUCACCGGAGACUACAUGGAGGCAUCCCGGCAAACCCUGGAGCGAUUUGGCAACACGUCCAGCAGCAGCGUAUGGUACGAGCUCGCAUACCUGGAGGCGAAUGGAAGGAUCCAGAGAGGCGACCAGGUGUGGCAGAUCGCAUAUGGGUCUGGCUUCAAGUGCAACAGUGUUGUCUGGAAAGCGGUUAGGACAGUUGGGAUGCCUAAGAGAACCCCCUGGUGUGAGGAUUGAGUUUAUUCAUCGUAGAUGUGGGGCAUAGCGGGGAAAACAGAAAACAAAGAAAGUAUCGACUGGCACUUCAUGUAAUGCACCAAACUGGUGAAACUCUCAAAGCCCUUAAAUAUGAAAACUACCAAAUCCUAUUAAAA